AUGCCGAACGUAGGUGGCCCGGCCCAAGCGAAACGGGCACUCCUUGGGUCGGUCACCAACAGCAAGCUGCUAUACGCCUCACCGGUCUGGGCGACCGUCGGUAUUAAGACUGCCAAGAAUCGGAAUGAAAUGGCCAGGGCGCAGAGGACCACGGCACCCCGCACAAUCAGGGCCUACCGAACGGUCUCCGCCGACGCGUCCUCCCUACUGUCGUGCAUGCUGCCGGCCGACCUCCUCGCCCACGAACGGGCUAGAAUCAAGACCCGGCUUGAGGACGUCGGAGAAGCACUUACUACCUCCGCAAUUAAGAAGCAGGAAAGGGAGAUCUCUACAUCGUCGUGGCAAUCCAGAUGA